AUGGAAACAUUCAGCGAUAGUUUUGACUACAUCCUGCAACUGACCAAGACACUCAGUUCACAAUGCUGGAACAAUCGGCAGGAAACACUGAAAUUAGAGCAAUUGCUCAAGCGUCUGGCGAAGCAGACGCAUAUAUCAUAUGAACAAUUUACCAAUGAGCCGAGCGCUGAGGCGAGCAAGAUAUAUGACGAGAAUGCUCAGUUAACGGAGGAAGAGCGGCUUGUACAGGAGAACUACCAGCUUGUAUACCAGAUCGAGCAGCAGGAAUACCUGAAUACCAGAUUCUGGAUUUUAAUUGGCCAGAUUAACGAGUUAAUUGUGUCGAUUCGCAACUUCAUUGUGGAGCAGAGGUCGAUACGACCGAAAGCAGAGGCAGAGUUCAUAGAGCGGAACGUGACCGAAUGCGAGGAGAAGCUAGUCACUAACCAAAUGCGCUUAUUGCAGGCUGAGGAAAACUCGACCGAGGCCAUAGCUGCUCUGCUGAAGGAGCUUGUUCAAGUUUGCAGCGAGGUCAACUGGAGCAAUGUGCCGCGCGAUAGUAGAAGCUUUCAACGACUACUACAGAAUAUGGAAAAGGUACAAAAGGUACAUAAUAUCACAUUAAUCCCUGAUAUAUAG